UCUUCAAAGUGAACCCUGAGAGGUGAGACUGGAUUAUAAAUUAUUUCUGGAGACACAGAGUGAGAUUCUGGGAGCUGGUGGGCUUGGAGCCAUGGAGGGGGACACGCAGAGAUCUGUUUUUUCUUCAUGGAGUGAAUGUUUCAUAAUGAGGCGGAUCCGUAUGUUGGUUCCUGUGGGUUUUAAAGAAGAAAUAAAAGAGCUGUCAAAACUAGCUGGACCUGUGUUUAUGGCCCAGCUCAUGAGUUUUGCUGUGAGUUUCAUCAGCACUGUUUUCUGUGGUCAUCUGGGGAAGACAGAGCUGGCAGGAGUGGCUUUGUCCAUAGCAGUUGUUAAUGUUACAGGAAUUUCUAUUGGCACUGGUUUGGCAUCAGCAUGUGAUACGUUGAUUUCUCAGACCUUUGGAAGCGGUAACCUCAUGAGAGUUGGAGUCAUUCUCCAGCGGGCAAUCCUCAUUCUGCUGCUGGCUUGUUUCCCCUGCUGGGCCAUCCUGAUCAACACCGAGUCCAUCCUACUGGCUGUCAAACAGGAGCCGGAGGUAGCCAGGUUGGCUCAGUUGUACGUGAAGAUCUUCAUGCCAGCACUUCCUGCUGCCUUUAUGUUUUCAUUAGAAUCACGGUACCUUCAAAACCAGGGCAUCAUUUGGCCACAGGUGAUCACAGGCUUUGUGGUCAAUCUUCUUAAUGCCCUCAUCAACUACAUUGUUCUGUUCGUGAUAAAAAUGGGAGUAGCAGGUUCUGCUUUUGCCAACACUUUCUCCCAGUUUGCCAUGGCUGGAUUUCUCUAUGGUUAUAUCAUGUGGAGAGGACUUCACAAGGCCACCUGGGGAGGUUGGAGUAAAGAGUGUCUGCUGGACUGGGGCUCAUUCAUCCGUUUGGCCGUCCCUGCCAUGAUCAUGACAUGUGUUGAGUGGUGGACAUAUGAGAUCGGGGGGUUCCUCGCAGGUUUAAUAAGCGAGGUAGAACUCGGAGCUCAGUCAGUUGUGUAUGAACUGGCAAGCAUUGCCUACUUG